AUGGGUUUCUCACACGUUGGCCUGACAGUCCCAGACGACAAGUUCGAGGAAACGGUCUCUUUUUACUUAGCUGCUCUAGCUCCGCUGGGGUUCAAAGAGCAUCUCCGGCCCCAUCCAAAAGUAGUUGGUAUGGGCGUGUAUUAUCCUGAGUUCUGGAUCUCUUCGAACGCGGUGCCUAGUUCAAGUGCCGGUGUUGAUGUACCUGCUGGCAACAAGAAUGUUGUGUUUGGUAGUACGCAUGUUGCGCUCAGCACGGGGAAUCGAGAACUAGUUCAUGCAUUUUAUGAUGCUGCGCUGAAGCAUGGCGGAAAGUCGAAUGGUGGACCUGGUGUACGACCUCAGUAUACACGAUUCUACUACGCUGCGUUUGUGUUUGACCCGGCAGGAAAUAAUAUCGAAACAGUAUGCCUGUGGCCGGCCUGGUGUCAUUGGAAGUACUGGUUUGGCAUGGGUGUGUUUGGCAGACAAAAGACUGAGUAG